AUGAGCCUGCCUUCACCAUCACCACUCCAACCGUUCUGCGAGGUUUCAGCCCUUGAUGCAGGCUUCCUCGACCUCCCAGACGCAAUGUUCAUUACUACGGAAAAGCCAGACGAGAUUACGAAGGUCCCUUCUCUUGCCUUCCUAAUCACCCAUGCUUCGUCUAAGAGGCAAGUCCUCUUCGACCUUGGUAUUCGCAAAGACUUGAAUACCGGAUACCCGCCAGUCACCUCCAAUUGGAUCAGCGACUAUAACAUAGAUGUCCCCCAAGACAUCAUAGAUUCUCUCGCAAAGGGAAAUCUCUCCCCCCGUGAUAUAGAAGCAGUCUUAUUCUCCCAUAUUCACUGGGACCAUACCGGUGACCCUUCAGCUUUCACGAAAGCGACGUUUCUCUUGGGAGACGAGACUGAGACCCUGCUUCGCACGGGCUACCCUAUCGACCAAGAAUCCAUGUAUGCCCAUGAUCUACUACCACCACAUCGUACGCAGCUCCUCAAGACGGACACGUGGACCCCAGUCGGUCCGUUCCCUCGAGCGUUUGACUACUGGGGAGACGGUAGCUUGUACAUCGUUGAUGCCCCGGGGCAUCUUCCCGGACAUCUUAAUGUUCUAGCACGCACUUCAGUAGACGGCGCGUGGAUAUAUCUUGCGGCGGACAGUGCUCACUUCGUGGAGCUUUUUACUGGGGAAGCGAAAGUAAGCGUUGGCCACCCAGCGUUUGGACCACACGGGUGUGCGCACUCAGACAGGGAAUUGGCGGAACUGCACAUUUCUCGAAUUAGAGAGCUUUGGGGCCUCCCAAACGUACUAGUGCUCUUCAGUCACGAUGCACAAUGGUACAGGGAGAACCGCAAUGGUGCGGCGUUCUGGCCAGGACACAUUCCCCCUCUAUGA